AUGGCUGAUCGGAAGGCCGCCGCUACGACUGAGAGUAAAGCGAAUAUGAAGGACGAGGCCACCAAGACGGCCAAGGACAAGGACGACCUCAUGGCCGCCGCCAACAACCAGCACAAGAGCCCCAAGAAAAGGCGCAAGGUCAAUCACGGUACGUUGCUUUCUAUAUACCCGUCCGCUGCUCUUACCGCCGUCAAUUCGGUUAGGCAUCAUGGGCGCCAUGCGUGUCUCUGA